AUGAAUUUGAAAUAUUGCUACUUCCUUAAACAAGAAAAAGUUGCAAACAAAUUGUACCAAAUAUUUGUCCCCUCCCAGGAAGUUAACCCUCGUACCCUCACGCACAAACGCAAGAGGCACCCGACCGAACACGUGUGCCACAUCUGCGGCGAGAGCUUUGUGGGCAGGCACGGGUUGUUGAUGCACAAGAGCAAGACGCACAGGUGGGAUCAGCAGCCGCUAGUGAAGGAGGAGCCGACCCCCGAACGGUUCUGCGCGGAGUGUGACGUUCAGUUCGACACAACACACGCGUGGCAGCGGCACAUACUCACCUCUGUGAACCACACGCUAGGUGGCGACGGUUCCCAGUGCAAGAUCUGCCAUCAGAGGCUCUCGGGCGAGUCGAUGUCGGCACACAUGAGAGAGCACGAGAAGUCUCUGCGACAGACCACGCUCGUGGCGAGGAAGCUGGUCAAACUAGCUUGCGAGCAGUGCGACGCGUACUUCGUGGGCCGCUCCAACCUGCGCGCGCACGUGCGGCGCGUGCACCUCGGCCUCAAGUACAACCGGAACGUCGUGUGCGAGCUGUGCGGCAAGAAGUGCACCGUGAGUUAUAUUCGACCACAUUACAACUGCUAGUGGUCCCCCCCGAGG